AUGUUUGAAGUCAAACUGCAAUCCAAGCCGCUCUUACAAAGUUUCAAUUCAAUUUUUUAUUGGUGCAAGCUUUUGGGCGUCUAUCCAUAUGACUUUCAGAAAUUCUACUAUGACGGUGUACUUCAGAGCUCCACAGUGGGCAGUUGUGUGGUGAUAAUCGUAAUGUGCUUUGUUUUUAUGCUCUACAAUUUGAUGCUGUUCACUUUUGCCGGAAAUGAUGUCGUUCCGAAGUAUAAUCAUCUAAAUCUCAUAGUCGUUAUUGCGCUUACUUAUAUUUCACCCGUAAUGAUGAUGGUCGAUCAAAUAACCGCUAUACGUAAUCAGAAUGCACUCCCUGCGCUCUUCGAACGAAUUGAAUAUUUAGAUGAAGGACUGCGACAGCUGGGUAUUUCGGUCGAUAAUAAGCAUGUGCAGCGACGCAUACGGCUGAUGAUCGCAGUGACUGUCUUGUUGGAGUGCUGCAUAUUCGCCGCUUACAUAUGGUUGCAGGUUGACGUAUUGCGAUGGACGUUGGUACUGUGGAUCUUUGCCUCAACACCGACCUUCUACAAUACCCUAGACAAGAUUUGGUUUAUGGGAAUAUUGUUGGGUCUGAGAGACCGUUUUGAUGCUAUUAAUGAAACGUUCGAUACAAUCGCUGGAGAGCUUGAGAAAAAUUGUAUACAGAGUCGGAAGAAGCAGCGAAGUGGGGAUGUUGCGCUGCAACCGUCGUUAUCAUUCGAAGCGGAAGAUAUUGGCCAUAUCAAAUUGGAAAAUCUUGUGCGCAAUGCCUUCGGUGAAUUAAUACGCCACCGUGAACCAUUCAAACGCUCUGCUCCAAAAAUGCGCUCCGAUGCUGCGCUAGGUAAUUUCGAUGUUUUGCAAGAACGUUUCAUCAGCCUGUGUCAGCUACACGAAAGCACCUGUAGGAUUGCCAAAUUACUCAACGAGCUAUGGCGCUAUCCAAUUCUAAUACUAAUGGCCUAUGGCUUUGUAGUUAUCACGUCACAACUCUAUUUUACCUAUUGUGCCACGCAAUCGCAGCCGAUUCCAGUCAUUUUUCGUUCUGCUGAACAAUUAGUCAUAACGGCGUUGUCACUCAUCUACCUCGGCGGUAAAUGUACAUCGUUGAUGUUUUUCAGUUGGAAAACUUCGCAGGCUUCGCGCCGCACCGGUAUUUGUCUGCACAAAUGUGGUGUUGCUGCCGACACAAAUGAAGUUUAUGAAAUUGUCAAUCAUUUGUCGCUGAAGCUCUUCAAUCACGCCGUAAACUUUUCCGCUUGUGGUUUUUUUACACUGGAUAUGGGCACUUUAUAUGCGGUUUGUGGCGCCAUAACUAGUUAUUUGAUUAUACUCAUACAGUUCAAUUUGGCUGGGCAACAAGUGAAGAUCAAAAAAGAAUUGGCUGCUUCAAAUGAAACGGCAUUGAUGGUAUUGGAUGCAGAAAAUUAUACCGUUACGCCAACUGAGUCAACUACGCAUUGGGACUAG